GCAGCCAAACCGAGUCUCGGCGGCGUCUCCUGGAGCUGAACCAAACAUCCCCAGCGGAGGAGGAGGAGGCGGUCGGUGUGUUCCUCCCUCCCUCCUUUCCCCGGCUUCUGGAGGCUCAGUGCCCGCACUCGGCGGAGAGGAGCAGACGUCUGUCCCCGCGCUGCGCCCCCUGCAGAAGCGUGCCAGGUAUCAUGACGCACCAAGAAAAAGUGGCCACUUGCUGAGAGUUGUUUUUUGGACUCUGCCAUGUGUGUGGUUUAAACUCGACUUUCCCCCUUGAUGGAGGAUCCGUGUGAGACUUGUGCGUCAUCCCGGUCCUGCGUUUCACGAUGGUGCCAGUGUUUGAUGAUGUCAUUAUUUCUCUCAGAUGGAUCUGCGCUCCGCCGCCGUCGCAUCUCCCCGAGUUCUCUGCAACUGUGCGCCCCCGGCUCCACUAACUUGGACCGCAGUGUGUGUUCAGGCUCCUCUGCAAACCUCUGUCCCUGCUGAGUAAGGAUGGAGUGAAGGAUUUAUGCUCCAGAACUACAGCAACUUUUACUCUGAGCGUGAAUGUUUAGUUGUAAACUUUGCCCUGUCUGUGGAAGUCCAUUGGAAAUACUCUCCUUGAUUUAUUUAAGCUGUGUUGGUGAUUCCCUCUGCACUCAUUUGACUGUGCCAAAAUUCAACUUGGAUGCGUAAUGGUGCUUGGCUGGUUUACCUCCUGUCGUUGCUGACGCAUAUAUUUGGGAGACAGACAUAAGGGAUUAUAAACUACAGUAAUGUGGAUUCGUUCCUGAGGACCGAGUGUCUGCUGCUCUCGGCGGGAGUGUAUGGAGACGAGCAGCCCGAGGAUGACGGCUGGCACCCGGGAGGCGCCGGUGAACUGCUCCCCGGCGGUGGCGGCCAACGCGGAAGGUGAGGAGAUCGAGGUUUUGGAAAGUACCGACGUCCUUCCAAUGGCUCCAGAGGACCAAUGGAAGUCUCUGUUUGACAAGUAUGACCCAGAGAACUCGGGCUUCAUCAGUACAGAGCGAUUCAGGGACCUUCUAGCAGCACACGGCUCCGAGCUUGACCCCCACAAACUGGAAGUCCUGUUGGCCCUCACCAAUGGAAACGCUGAUGGGAAAAUCUGCUACCAGGACUUUGUGAACCUGAUGAGUAACAAGCGCUCCAAUAGUUUCCGGAGGGCCAUCCUGCAGGGGAGCAGGCAGCUGAAAGGCUGCAGUCUCAGGGAUGAGGACGGCCUGGGGCUCUCGCAACGGCUGGUCCGACACGUCGCCUAUGAGACGCUGCCCCGCGAGGUCGACCGCAAGUGGUACUUUGACAGCUACACCUACUGUCCCCCGCCGUUGCUCAUCCUGGCGAUCACCAUCGCUGAGGUAGCCGUGUUCAUGUACUACGGGUUCCAGCUGGACCGCUUGGUCCUGCAGGUGUCCAGCCCGUCAUUCCUAAAGAGCCCCUUACCCUACCACCCCCAGCUACGAGCCCAGGCCUGGAGGUACCUCAGCUACAGUUUCAUGCACACUGGCAUUGAACACCUAAGCCUGAACAUGGCCAUGCAGCUGCUGGUGGGAGUCCCACUAGAAAUGGUCCACGGGGCCCUGAGGAUCGGACUCGUCUACGUAUGUGGUGUGCUUGCAGGGUCAUUGGCGGUGUCCGUCACUGAUAUGACGGCUCCAGUGGUCGGGUCAUCUGGGGGAGUGUACGCACUGGUCUCAGCGCACUUGGCUAAUGUUGUAAUGAACUGGUCUGGAAUGAAGUGUCAGUUUAAGCUGUUCCGGAUGGCAAUGGCUCUGGUGUGCAUGAGUGUAGAGUUUGGUCGGGCGGUGUGGUUGCGGUUCUACCCGCCGGCCUUUCCUCCCUGCCCCAACCCCAGCUUUGUAGCGCACCUGGGAGGGGUGGUGGUCGGCCUGACGCUGGGCGUGGUGGUCCUGCAGAACUACGAGCAGCGGCUCCAGGAACAGUCCCUGUUUUGGAUCUUUUUCUGCGUCUACACCUUGUUUGUUCUUUGCGCCGUCUUUUGGAACAUUUUCGCCUACAGCUUGCUCGACGUGAGACUGCCCCCGCCGCCGUGACUUGACUAUUAGAGGCAGAUGAGACACUGUAUCCCCCUAUACUCCUCCAUCAGUAGAGGUCUGACCGCCCCGCUGGAUCAGUCACCUCACCCCUCGUUGUUGCUUCAUCUUGGGGUAAUCCGAGUUGUCGAACAGCCACCUCACCUCUACAUCCAGUGCUCUGAUACAGGGAUUCCCGACUUGCUGCAGGACUCUCUGUCAUCAUACAUUUUUCAUCCCACCUGCAACAUCUGAGGCUAAGCCUUACCAUCGCCAAGUUUACCUCCACCUGCUCUUUGUUCUCAUCUCUGUUGGAUGCUCGGCUCAAGAGUAUCAACCUGUGGGACGUUUGCUGACAACAGGAGAAGCCUCGGAUCUAACACAACAAGAAGAAGCAGGAAAGGCCCAAUCCACGUGGCUUAACCUGCUCUGCCUCCUCCUCCUCAGUCCAACAGUGCCUACUGGCGACAUCAGCUUAUUGAAAGUAUUUCUGCACAGUUGCCUCUUGUGCAGGGUGAUGGCAGCAACAACUGUCUUCAGACAAAACAAGUUCCAAAACAUCCGGUUGUCUGCCUGUGCCCUCUUCAUCAGUAAAGAAAGAAUGAGGUACUAUGAGAAUGUAGGCUUUGUUGGGGAUUUGUCAUCAUUACAAGCAGCUAAUAACACAUGAGGUCACUAAUAAGAAGGAAAAGAAGUAUGUUUUUUUUCUAUCCUUUAUUAAAGAGUGUGGUCUUUCAGUUUGAGAGCAGAAAUUAUUGAUUUCACAUUCAGAUUUUGCAAUGCUUUCACUCAAAGCCCUGUGCUUGCACUCAAGUAGCCGCUGCUUGUGCUUGGAUUUGCUCUGCUUGUGCUCAAACUGUGGACUAUCUCUCUGAUAUUUUGUUGCUUGGACAGAUUUCCUGCACUCCAGCUUCAGCUCUUCAGCUCUUCUCCUCACGCUCCCUCACUACUACCGUGCACGUGGGAAACGUCUAGUCUUGGAUUUGUCAUUUGCUCUUUGGUUUUUUCUCAUGCUUUUAUUUUUUGUGCAACAAGUCUGUCAUUGUCGUUCCUUUUGCUGUUGGUUUUUGUUUUUUUUUAGUGAAAAAAUAAUAAUUAAUUGAUGUAGCUUUUCCAUGUGGACCAGGGAACUGAAGGUGACCAGCGAACUGAAGGUGUCCUUGUUUUUUUUCUUCAAGCAAACAGAUUGGAAGCUGGUGUAGUAAGAAGGCCAUGGAGGGCAGGAGUGCAUUAAAGUAACCGCCUAUUAAGGACUGUCCAAAAAAUAUAGCGAACACUCACAACAAGGGCGGGACUUUUUCAUUUGUCAACACUACACCUGGCAUUCUAGUGGUUAGACUGUCAAAAAAAUCCAAGCCGGCGCAGGGUUGAGUGACAGCAUGACAAAAUCUGGAUGUGAAAUCAAUAAGCUGCUUUUAAACUGAAAGACCAUGCUCUUAAAUGAAGAAACCUCUUCAAGUUUCACAGUAUAGAGAGAUUGUGGAAUAUAUAGAUUCUAGCAGUCAAAUGUCAUUGUGAAUUUACCUUUGAAGUAAGGUCUAGGUUGCUGUUCAGUGUUGCCUUCAGCUUCUGGCACAUCCCAAGAGGAGGAUUGAUAUGCGGUCAGCGUUCUAUGAAACUCUAACUUUUCUCUUUGACAUUUGUGUGUGUGUUGUGUGUGUGGAGUGUAACAUCUGUUAACAUCGUGUGUGUACGGAUUUAAAAACAGAGAGAAGCAGAAGUGCCAAUUCAGACUUUUUUUUUAAAAAAUGAUGCCAAACCAACACCAGGGGGAAGAUCACACCUGGAAAUAAGUAUUGCUUUUGUGUAAGGAAAUUUAAUUUAGAGAUGAGCGUGGAACAGCACCGGAGUGGAAUCAAACUCUUGUCAUUAGCUGUGAUUUUUGUGAUGUUUGAAAAAUGCAAACAAGUGACGGAUGUUUAUUUAUUGAUUGGUGAUGUGGUGGAUUGAGGUCAGUGGGAUGAAACAAAUUAAAACGUUCACCCAUGAGGGCAAUUGGGUCUUUUUCUCAUUACCAAACGUAGAAAAACACACACGCCUGACCUCGACUACAUCCGGGCUGGAGUCCUUUCACUCUCAGUUCAGUAGGCGGUGGUGAAGAAGCAAAUCAAUGCUCUCUCAUUAGUUCCUGUCACAACUUGAAAUUGUUAAUUGAUCAAACUGGGAUAGAAAGUGUCAAACUUUACUGUACUGUAACCUCAUGCUACACUGGUACCUGCUUCGCACAGACAUUAAUAUAAUAUGAUUAAAUACAGAUUAAUAUUUUAACAUGCAUUUGCUGUUUUAUUUUUACAUAGUGAUAUUGGUAUGUUGUACAAAUUGUUUGAUCGGUCUAUAUUGUGAUAUGUUAGCUAUAUCCUGUAUGCACCCUAUUUAAAAAAAUAAUGGUUCUAAAGAUGGUCUGGGAUUGUAUAUAAUACACUAAACUGAGUGAGUGAAUAUUUUAACAGUGUGCAUAUUUUGUACAUUUGAUAUGUACAUACAGGAUUCAUUAAACUG